AUGGUCAGUCCGCCCCUGGUUGGGGCUCAUUCACACUAACCCUAGGUUCCCAUCUGUGUGGGUGGUGCCGCUGCAGAUCCGCACGAAAAUCCAUGUUAACCCCUUCCUGCCCAGAGCCCCCUGGCCGUUUAUCAGAUUAUAAAACAGGUUCAUGUCUGUGAAGGUUCUCAUAUAUCCAAGUCAUGGUCAGGGGCAGACUGAAAACUCAUGGGGCCCCCGGGCAAUAGGGGAUCAUGGGGCCCCUGUGUCCUUGCCCAAACUCAAAAAAGCCUAUCAAAAAAGUACCAGGGGCAUCUCAUGGGGCCCC